AUGGCUUCAUUCGCUAUUCCGCAAGAUGACUAUUUUGAAUGGGAAGAUAUCAUAACUGAUGACUACGUUCCUACCCUCCAACAUUUCACCUCCAAACACCCCGAUUAUUUUCACGUCUCCAACAGCGAUAAUUACCAGAUCAAAUCUACGGAAUUCGAAAAAUCCAGCCACAAGUCUUUCCCUUACGAUGACCAUCAAUUUCACUGGGUACAUCCUUCGGAGUCCCGGUUGCCAACGGUCGAUUCGACUCGAGAAUUAUCCUCAAAAACCCUUUCAAAGCCUGAAGUUUGUGUUAUCGAAAAAAAACCAACACAGAAGUGCCCUGCACGCAACACAUCCAACGUGUCGUGUGAGAUAGAAACCCGGGACGAUAGUGGAUUGAAGCCUCAGCCUGUCCGUAACGUUGACUACCUGUCUUUUCCGUGGCAUCAAUGCGAGUCGGACUUGUGGGCCUCGCACAAGUAUCUUCGUGUCACUCGGAAGCAACAUUCACAAGAGCACACAUAUAAGCGGCUCAAAAAUGCAUGUUGGCGAGCUGUUGCAGUUGGCAGGUUAAAUUUAGAUCCUGUUGAUCCGCAGAAGCUUAACUGGUAUAAGGAUCAGGACGAUACCUGGCUUCACGGACCAUUCGUAGAAAGUCCCUCAUUCAAGAACUCACUACCCCCCACUGUGAGGGUUCCUUUGUCAGAAUCACAAAACGAACUUGACGAACGCCCAAUAGCUUCCAUCUUGAAGCAAUCAUCACCAACAGCUCUCUUGUUGCGAGGCUCUAUAACUACCAGUGAAAUUCGACCAAGCCGUCCUAUCCAUACGCGACAAGCUACAGCUAGAAAACUAAGACAAAGAUUACGCUUUGCGGCAGAGGUGAAGCAAUAUAUGAGUCUUCCUUCCGAAAUAACGGAACCUGAAACAGGUCGUCCUCUGAUAGGCAUGAGUCCUACAAGAACGGUCUAUCAGUUACCUUCUGGAAGGCUCCGAGAAGAGCACAUUUCGGAAGAGGUUGACGCUUUGCGAAGCGCUCUGCAGGACGUUGUGGCAACUCGACCACUCGAAAAUUCUUACCGAAGUAAUCUCAUGGGCUCUAAGCAGGACUACGCCUCUGAGGUUAAAAUCCGACAAUACUCCUUCAGUAGUGACUGGGUAUGCCUCGGUGGGCUGAAUGUCGGAGAAGGCACCAACCAAACCCCUAUAGAUGAUGAUGAAAUAAACUGGAUUUUAACGACUAGCGAGCAGGACUAUGUCAAUCCAUGGAAUAGCAUCCCGUCGUCUGGAUUAGCGGCAAACGACCGUGGCAUACCUUCGCUAAACGGUACAAGUGCAAAUAUCUUCCCAAAAGUCUCGCCCGGACUGCAGUCACCGCCCGAGCUCUUUGAUAGCUCCAGUGGCAGUGUCAGUGAGGACGAUUUCGAUGAAGUCAUGGAGGAGUUUAAUCUUAUUCUUGGAUGA